AGGGAGGGUGUGUCGCCUCGCGUCUCUUGUUCGCACUUGCAUCUUCUCUCUUUAGGUUUGCACACGCAGUUGUCAGAGCCUCUUGCAACAGUUACUAGAAGUUAGCUAGCACGCUUCCUAGAGUGCGUAUCUACUGUAUUUACGUUUUUCUCAUUGCCCGUGAACUUUAAAUUGAAAAUACUCUUGGUGUCACUUUAGUAUAGAUUAACUCCGUGGAUGUAAGUUAGUUAGGCACCUCGUGCAUUGAUAGCUCCCGAGUUUUGAGCUGACCCAGUGAAAGAAAAUGGAUGAAGGUGGAUGAGUUUGCUAGGGAGUCCGUCGUGAUUUCCCUCACAAUGGAAGGGUAGCAGCGUGGCCAUGAGGUGCCACUUACUGUGGGAUCCUUAAAUUGAUUUUUUUUAAAGGGCUCAGGUUUCUCAGAGAUCACCCUAAGGGUGUUAGUCUGCAGCCAUUGCCCCUCACAGCAUGGCGUCGGUGGCCGCUUGGUUACCGUUCGCAAGGGCAGCAGCUAUAGGCUGGGUGCCUAUUGCAAACAACCCAUUGCCUGCACCCCCAAUACCUAAAGAUAAAAGGAGGCCUGAUGACGAAAAACUUCUCAUCAACGUCUCCGGCAGAAGAUUUGAAACCUGGAGAAACACUUUGGAGAAAUACCCCGACAGUCUCCUAGGGUCGAACGAGCGAGAGUUCUUCUAUGACGAAGAAACCAAAGAGUAUUUUUUCGACAGAGACCCCGACAUAUUCAGACAUAUCUUAAAUUACUACCGCACUGGUAGACUACACUACCCCAAACACGAAUGUUUAACGAGCUAUGAUGAAGAACUUGCAUUUUUUGGCAUCAUCCCUGAUGUCAUCGGCGAUUGUUGUUAUGAAGACUACAGGGACCGAAAACGUGAGAAUGCCGAACGACUUUUGGACGAUAAGUUAUCGGAGAACAACGAAGCUGACAAAUACAUUUAUCGUAACAUGCGGCAACGUAUGUGGAGAGCGUUCGAAAAUCCCCAUACAUCAACAGCAGCGUUGGUAUUUUAUUACGUAACUGGAUUCUUCAUCGCGGUAUCUGUUAUGGGCAACGUUGUCGAAACUGUCCCGUGUGGCAAACUUCCCGGCAAAAAGGACUACCAAUCCUGCGGGGAAAGAUACAAGAUCGUGUUUUUCUGCGGAGAUACUGCAUGUGUCAUGAUAUUCACGGCCGAAUACUUUCUCAGGUUGUUCGCGGCUCCGAAUCGAUGUAAAUUCACAGGCUCUGUUAUGUCUAUCAUCGACGUAGUCGCCAUCUUACCUUACUACAUCGGACUCGUCAUAACUGACAACGAUGAUGUCUCUGGAGCCUUUGUCACUCUCCGGGUGUUCAGGGUGUUCAGAAUUUUCAAAUUUUCGCGACAUUCGCAGGGGCUAAGGAUUCUAGGAUACACUCUAAAGUCCUGUGCUUCUGAACUCGGGUUUUUGGUGUUCUCCUUGGCCAUGGCCAUCAUUAUCUUCGCGACUGUGAUGUUCUACGCCGAGAAGAACGUCCCAGGCACCACAUUCACCUCGAUUCCUGCCGCCUUCUGGUACACCAUCGUCACCAUGACCACACUGGGGUGA